AUGAAGACCCUGGGACUGAUCGGCGGCAUGAGCUGGGAGUCCACCACAACAUACUACCAAGAAAUCAACCGUCGCGUGCGCCAAGUUCAAGGCGGUCUACACUCAUCCCAAUGCAUAGUCUUCUCCUUCGACUUCGCCAGCAUCGAAGCCCUCCAACACGUAGACAAAUGGGAAGAGCUCGGCGCCAUGCUCAACGACGCGGCAACCAGACUGAAAUCCGCUGGCGCAGACGGUUUAGUCCUCUGCACUAAUACGAUGCACUUUGUGUCUCACGGCAUCGAACCCACCUCGCAAUUGCCCCUCAUUCAUAUCGUUGAUCCGACCGCUGAGGCUAUCAUAAAGGCGGGGUACAAGUCCGUUGGCCUUUUAGGGACACGUUUCACAAUGGAGAAGGACUUUUACAAAUCGCGCUUGGCUGAGAAGUACGGUCUGCGGGUUAUUGUGCCCGAUGAGAAGGAUAGAGAGACUGUGCACACUAUCAUCUACAGUGAGCUUUGCAACGGAAUCAUCAAGGACAGCUCUCGCGAGGACUAUCAUGCUGUCAUUAGACGACUCAAAGAUGCGGGCGCAGAUUGUCUCAUCAUGGGAUGUACUGAAAUUGGACUCUUGGUAGAUGAGGCCAAGAGUGAGCUGCCUAUCUUUGACACGGCGAAGCUACAUGCUAUAGCUGCUGCCGACUGGGCUAUGGCGAAUUAG